AUGUUUCCAUGUCGUCUUGGCCACGCGGCUGCGUGCUUCCUGCUCUUGGUGAUCCUGUCCUGCGCCGGCCCUGCUGCAGCUACGAGGCCUGCGCCGGCGCACGGCUGGCACUCGUUCAAGCGGUUGCAGGACGCGCGGCGGGGGAGCCGCGUGACGGGGCUCGGCGAGCUCAAGCGGUACCUGGCCACGUUCGGGUACAUGCCUGCCGGUGCCGGGGCGGAGCAAAGCGGGGAGCCGACCGACGCCUUCGACGAGCACCUCGAGGCCGCCGUGAAGCGGUACCAGUCCCGGCUCAGCCUCCCUGUAACCGGCAGCCUCGACGCCGCCACGCUCAACCAGAUCAUGUCCCCGCGCUGCGGCGUCGAGGACGACCACGGCGUGUCCGGCGUGGUCAGCCGGUUCACCUUGCUAAAGGGCAAGCCCAAGUGGACGCAGCGGUCGGAACCGAUCGUGCUCUCGUACGCCGUGUCGCCCACGGCCACCGUUAGCUACCUGCGGCACGACAACGUGAGCGCCGUGUUCCGGCGAGCGUUCGACCGGUGGGCGCUGGUGAUACCUGUGUCGUUCGUCGAGACUGACGACUACGACGCGGCCGACAUCAAGGUGGGGUUCUACAAGGGCAGCCACGGCGAUGGCGGGCCGUUCGACGGGCCGCUCGGCGUGCUCGCCCAUGCCUACCCCAAGAACGGGCGGCUCCACCUCGACGCGUCGGAGCAGUGGGCUUUGAACUUGGGAGAUGGAACGGCAACGACGUCAGAAUCCAUCGACCUGGAGUCGGUGGCGGUGCACGAGAUUGGCCAUGUCCUCGGACUUGGGCACUCCACGUCGCCGCACGCGGUCAUGUACCCGAGCAUCAAGGCGCUGCAGAAGAGGGCAGACCUCACCGUGGACGACGUGCAAGGCGUGCAGAUGCUCUACGGAUCCAACCCCAAUUUCAGGCUCAGCUCCCUCCACAAAGAGCCGGACCCUUCCAUGGCACCACAGAGGAGCAGCUGGGUCGUUUCUUCCGCUAGGUUACUAGUUAGCGCAGUCGUGGUCGCCAUACUCGUGACGCACUUAUAG